GCAACAAAGAGGAGCGUCACGUGACCUGUGACGACAAUGCAAUUACUUCCGCAGAUCAACAGCCUGAGUCCCGACCAAGCUCCGUUUCGCGUGAGCACACCGACCACCUCCCCUUCGACACGUUCACACUUGUGCAUCGGCUUUGUUCUCUUUGUCUACAAGCGCUUUCUAUUUCAAAAUCUCUUCCAAUGCGCUGACAUAUAAUCGGAUGCAUGUAACGACUGUUGCAUGGCGAACAUCCAUCUCUAGUCGAUUCUGCACGACGCGAACAUGGCGACGUUUAACCCGUUCGCAGCAAAUAACACGACUAAACCCAGCACAACCAACAAUCCUUUUGCUCCCGCGACGACUGUGAAUCCUUUCGCGCCGGCUACCAGCAAUCAUGUACCGAACGGGCCUUUCUCGAGAGGCGCGACGCCCAACGGUGAUGUGAGCGAUUCCGGCCUUGCCAGCAGCCAAGGCAAGGACAAGCAAAAUGGGACAGCAAGCAUCCAGAAUAAUGUCACCAACGGAUCGGGUUCUGCCUCGCCACAAGUUGCGCGCCCAUUCGCAGCUGGGAAAGCCCUCGGUACGCAAAAGCAGCCCAAGCCUUCAGCACCGGAGGUCGACUCGAGUAGCGAAGACACCGACGGCCAGCCGUCACAAACCCAAGAGAUACCAAACACAACCGAUCCGUAUGCGCGGCGCGUAUACGAGCAGUUGCGCAAAGACAACAUUCGACCUCCAAAAUGGCCCUCGAAACAAUACCAUACUCUGUACAACAAAAAGAUGGAACACUUCCGAAAUCAGUACGAAGCGUACCGUCAAAAAGUGCGCGAAUCACUCAUCAAAGCCGGUCUUCUCGAUGAUCCGAACAAACGAAGAGCACUCAAGGAUGCGAUCGAUUUUAGGGGCAUUGCGGAAGACAUGUGCCCAGAAUGGGAGAAAAUCACCCGUAUCUUUGAAGGUGAUGUCGUCAAGUCGGAGAAGAAUGAGGUGUCAGACAUACCCGAGACUUCGAAGAUGGUGAAAAAGAUUGCACGCUCGGCUGCCGGGCAAGAUGCGCCGCUUCCCAUGGAUGUGCGCUCGAUCCCAGCACUCCAGAGAACACUCGACUAUCUGGUGGGCGACUUGCUUGACGACGAGGACAACCUUGCCAAUGUGCAUGGCUUCCUAUGGGACAGGACGAGAGCGAUUCGACGAGACUACACCUUCUUCUCGCGACUGGAACCGGAAGAGAUCAAAUCGCAAGUUGCAGUAUUUGAGAACAUUGCGCGGUUCCACGUCACUUCUCUGCACCUUCUUUCACGGAAAGACGUGGACGCGGAAGGGUUCGUGGAGCACCAGGAGACGGAGCAGCUCGCGCGGACCUUGCUUAGUCUGAGAGAUCUGUACGACGACUGCAACCAGCAAGGCAUCGAAUGCCCUAACGAGGCCGAAUUCCGGGCAUACUACCUGCUCUUCCAUGGACGAGACCCCGACGUCAUUGAGACCUUGCAAAGAUCAUGGCGACCAGAGCUGUGGAAGAAUUCAGAGGAGAUCCAGAUUGCAGUCUCGCUCGUCGAGGCGCUGCAAAACACGCAAGACUUCCAGGGCCCUAUCGUCAAGACAAUACCAAACUCAACUGAUCCAGCUCUGGCACCUGCCCCAGCAGCGUCCGCCUCGUAUCUGACGUACUUUCGGAUCCUAGAGGACCCGUCUGUCUCGUUCACCAUGGCCUGCUUCGCCGAGUGCCACUUCCCGGUGCUGCGCCGUUCAAUCGUCAAUUCUCUGGUGAGAGCCCUGGCUCGACCCAAGGUAACUAGCAAAGACCUCACCGCGGCUGGACUCAACAAGUUCCUUCGGUUCGACACUGCAGCAGAAGCCGUCGACUUUGUGGACCUCGCAGGGUUGCAAGUCGAGGUGGACGACAGCAUCAUCGAGGACGUCAGCGAUGGCAGCAACCAGCGGCUGCUGCUAGAGCAUCGACAGGAACUCGAUUGGCCGUCCAAGCUACCCCAUCAAUCUUCCGAGAAGCUCGUCGGCAGGAAGCGAGGCUCAAAAACGCUCGUCGAAGUCAUCCGGGAAACUGUCUACGAGAGUGGACAGUCGGCGACGACAGCCACGCCAUCACCAGCACCGACACAAAUGGCACGCCCGGCUGUGACAAAAACACUGUCCCCUCCCAGCCAUCAGGCACCGCCCGUGCCAAAUGCGCUGUCCAGCAACAGUGUCUCAGACAAUGCCAGCCCAGGGCUCCAGACGAGUCCAUUUGGAGUUCACUCGACGCAAGCACCACAGACGGCACACAACCCAUUUGCAGCAGCUGCAAGCACCAGCAAGGACGCACCAAAGUUUCCUUUUGGGUCAGGAGCACAAUCCACUUCGGUAUCAGCCCCUCAGCUCGGAGGUGCUUCAUCGCCAGCGUCAGUAUUGAAUCAGCCGGCAGCCGCGCCGAGCACAUUUGACGGAAUGUCCAGUGCCGGCAAGGCAACCGACCAAAAGGCUCCCACACCAGGCCUCUUUUCGGAACCAACGAACAAGCCAGCCGAAGCUCCUACACAGAACAUGGACUCCCCAAAGCCGAGCCCUUUUAGUAUGAGUAAACCGCAACAACCGGAGGCCAUCCCGAAAAGCGGUUCCCCCCAAACCUCAAACCCCUUUGCUGGUCUCAAACCAGCUCCUGUAUUCAGCUUCGGGCAACCACCAAACCCAACAGGCACUCCAGCGUCAACAGCGUCAACGACACCACCAGGUAGUCCGAAACGGGACUCCAGCCACGGGCAGUCCUCUGACAAAGGGCAGGCUGCCGCCAACGAGCCUCUACCUGCAACUCAAGCGAGUCAAAAUGCACCUGCAGCGGCCGCCGUCGCCAGUCAAUCAAAUCCUUUCAAGCAGCCGGCCGCCAGGACAACAACGCAAUUAGGAGCGCUCGCUCCCCAAUCUGAGCGGACACCUCAGGCUCCAACGACCCCAAAGGAAAUCAUGGAUGCUUUCUCUAGGUGGUUCGUCCUUGGCGAUACCGGCAUCAUGGACCAAUUCACAGAGUACAUCAUCGGCGAGAUUGUCGGAGAAGCUUACAACCAGUGGAUGACAGAAGAGACAGAGAGGAUCCGGAAAGAGGAGGAGGAUGCUAUCAACGCGGAAGUGGAGGCGUUUAAGAUCAGGAAUCUGCGGAUCAAGUACUUUUAUAGAUGGAAGAAGAAUGCGCGGGCGAAGCGUAUGGCAACAUUGCGCCGGCAACAGCGGGAAGAGCUUCGAAGAUACAAGGAGCAACAGGCGGAGGAGCGAAAAGAGGCGGAGCGGCAGCAACGAAGAGAGGAAAGGAAGGCAAAACUAGCCAAGGCGGAUCGUGCCUCCGAGAUGGCGGAAAUUGCGCUGAGAGGGAGGAUGAAGAGGAAGAGCAACGCUGAGCAAGCCUUACUCGACACUGGCGUUCUCUCUGGCGUGACAGACGAGCACCGAUCCGCCAAGAGGAUUGCACGAGGGGAACAUGUGGUGGAGGACGGCAGCCGGCCCGCCAGCAGGGCCUCCUCCUUGGCCUCAUCUACAGCGUCGACAUCGUCCAGGUACAAGGGCAAAGCCAGGCAACUCUAUGAGAGGUUUGCUGGGAAAGCCAAGGAGGGCUUCUACAGUUCUAUGCCUUCAUUCCGCAGCACUGUCAGCCCCAAGCCGAACAAGAGCAUUAGCAAUGCUUCCGAACGCUGGAAACUCAAAGCCAUGGGUAUCGUGCAGAUGCCCGACGGGACCGCACUUCCGGAGAGGAUGGCCGAUGCUGUUUUCAGUGGACAAACGCCAUAUCCGACGGCACGGCAACGGGCGUCGUCCCACAGCACCCUGGACCGCCGCUCCCUUCAUGGUGCGAUGAGCCCGCCACCUCGUCCCCAGCGGAACACAUCCCUGUCUCGGUCUAUUGGCGCCGGCAGCCCUCCUACAACGAACAAGCGCAAGCGGAACGGCGAAGAUGACGAGGUCGAGAUCACGGACGACGGUGACUCUGCCGGCAGCGAGAAUCCACACAAACGCGUGCUGAGCGAAAGCGAACAAGUGAUCAACGACCUCCGUGCUAUGCGCAAGGAGCUCGACGAAGACACGGCUUGGCUCCGAACGGAAAGAAUACGAUGGGAGAGCGAGUCGAGGAGCAGAGCGAGUACGCCAUGGGGAGCAGAAAGACACGGGGAAUCUGGCAUAUAACUGGGCGUUUGCGGGUAUUUGUUUACACAUGGUAGAGGCUUGUCCCGUUGAUACCCUCUGCAUAUUGGGGAUGUACCACAAAACAUCCAUCCAGGUUGAAAUGUAAGAGCGCAUAAUGCUCAUUGUACAUAUACACGAUUGUUUCUCUCAAGGACACA